GUCGGAGAGGAUUGAGGUUGCAGCCGACGGGCACGGGAGUGGGUCGCGCUGACCAGCUGAUGCCGUGCGCGUGGGUGUGUUGAAGGGCUGCUGGUCGGGUGCGAGCACUGUGCGGCGGGAAGAAUGAGAAUGACAUCAGCCGGUGGCAUGGAGAACGGGGUGGUGGUCGGCUCACUGCUGUCAUUGCGAGGCGUGAGGUCACGGGUGAGCUUGGCCAGGGGCACAGGGCAGAGCAACAUCAGCGUCAAGACUCCUGAAGAGACUCGUCAUCGCGCUCACUGGCGAAGGCGUAGUGUCGCGACCCCUGGUGCUCGUUUGCUUCGAUUGAGCAUCUCCAAGGGAGCUACUGGGAGAGGCAUGUAGGCCUGCGAGAGCGGUCCCGAGAGAGGGAGUACGCGCGCUGCCAGCCAUGCGAGGAGCUGUGACAUCCGGCUUUUGGACCGUCGCCGCUUGCUGCUGAUGUGGU